AACACCACAAACAAAGCCAAACCAGAGCAAUGGCUUCUCCAUCCACCGCCGCUUUUGCCCUCGUCGUCUCACUGGUCAGCAUGGCCACCAGCGCGAACGCGAGGUUCACGGCGAUGCAGUGGACUCCGGCGCACGCCACGUUCUACGGCGACGAGACCGCGGCGGAGACCAUGGGUGGCGCGUGCGGGUACGGCAACCUGUACGCAACCGGGUACGGCACGGACACGGCGGCGCUGAGCACGACGCUGUUCCGGGACGGGUACGGGUGCGGGACGUGCUACCAGAUGCGGUGCACGGGCUCGCCCUCGUGCUACAGGGGCUCGCCGGUGAUCACGGUGACGGCGACCAACCUGUGCCCGCCCAACUGGGCGCAAGACUCCAACAACGGCGGCUGGUGCAACCCUCCCCGCACCCACUUCGACCUCUCCAAGCCCGCCUUCAUGAAGAUGGCCUACUGGCGCGCCGGCAUCGUCCCCGUCAUGUACCGCAGGGUGCCGUGCGCGAGGAGAGGCGGGCUGCGGUUCGCGCUACAGGGGAACGCAUACUGGCUGCUAGCGUACGUGAUGAACGUGGCCGGCGCCGGCGACGUUGGGGAGAUGUGGGUGAAGCGCGGCAGUAGCACGGGGUGGAUACGCAUGAGCCACAACUGGGGCGCCGCGUACCAGGCCUUCGCGCAGCUCGGCGGCCAGGCGCUCACCUUCAAGCUCACCUCCUACACCACCCGGCAGACCAUCGUCGCCACCAACGUCGCGCCGACGAGCUGGUGCCUCGGGCUCACGUACCAGGCUCGCGUGAACUUCUCCUGAGAGGCGAGCAGAAGUUGCGGGAGCCAUGAUACCGAGAAGGCUCUGCUCUGCUCUGCUGUUUAUUGUUUUCCUACUGUUUUCGUAGCUUCGUUUCAGUAUCAGAGUUUGGACCGUGUUGCGCGUUGCCCCCAUCCAUGAGGAACAGUGGGCUUGACGCGAGCAUUGUUGAUGUAAAAUGUGCAUUACAUUCAAAUACAAGACGAAAAUUUACAGUCAAAAUCUCCCUAAAACACUCGUCAUGGAUGGACACGAAUGAUAACCGCGUGAAUUUCCAAGGGAUGAAAGUAAUUUACAGCGAAAU